AUGGAGAAUUCCGAUCAGGAUUUGGGUUCUAAACGGAAUCUUUUGCCGCGUCAAUUGGAUUUCUCCGUCACGACGGCGACUGUGGAGGCGAAGAUGGAUUCGUUUCAUGAAAAUGGGAAGAAGAAACAGUCGGAUUCUGUUCUCGAUUCGCACUCGUCUCGAGAAGAUCAGAGACGAGAAGACUUGCUUUCGCCGCCGCCUGAUGAGGAGCAACUGCGAUUAGGGGUAAAGCCGGUUAAACCGCCGCCGUCUUCUCCGGUGACAGCGACGGAAGUCAGUAUACAAGAUGUUACGCCGUUACAGAAAUCGCCGAUUCAUCGGUUUAGUCACCAGGUGCAGAAGAAUCCAUUGGGAAAGUGUCGAGUGAGCAAGCAAGAUCCAUCGACGACUCCACGAGGGCAAACUGAAGUUGAGUCAAAGGAUGCUACUCCUAAUAAACAGAAGCAUUGCAAUUGUAAAAACUCAAGAUGCUUGAAGCUGUAUUGUGAAUGCUUUGCGUCUGGAUCUUAUUGUAAUGGUUGCAACUGUUUGAAUUGUCACAAUAAUUUGGAGAAGGAGACUUCAAGACAGGAAGCCAUCACGGCGAUCUUAGAGCGCAAUCCGAAUGCGUUCAAGCCAAAGAUUGCUGGUAGUCCUCAUGGAAUGAAAGAUUUGCAGGAGGAUGUGCGCCAAAUCCUGAUUCUGGGAAAGCACAGCAAAGGAUGCCACUGUAAGAAAUCAGGAUGCCUGAAGAAGUACUGCGAGUGUUACCAGGCAAAUGUCCUAUGUUCAGAGAAUUGUAGAUGUCAGGAUUGUAAAAACUUUGAAGGAAGCGAAGAAAGAAAUGCCCUUCUUCAUGAACCACCGGUCUCAGAAACCUACAUACAACAGACGACCAAUGCGGCUGUCAGCCGCGCCAUCGACAUGUCUGGUUAUCUGAAACCCCCUGAAUCAAGAAAGAGAAAGAGCAAGGAAGCUUCACGUUCUGUAACAGCUAGAGCACACGUCCAAAGUCAGGCGUCGCAUCAUGUCAGAGAGCUAUGUUCGAAUUUGGUCUUAAAAGCGGUGGAUGUAGCAAAUAAAAUGUCAGGUGCUAAAUGUGAAACGGACGGCAAAGACCGUUCACUUGAUCUGCAGAGGGAUGCUAAAGAGACCAAUGACUCUCCAGAUUGUGUCCUUGAUGCUACUAGAAUGGACGAGAAGCCUUUAUCUCCAGCAACACGAGCAUUGAUGUGUGAUGAGGAACAUGUGAUCACAUCAGAGAAAGAGACAUCGGCCCGAGUGGAAACAAGCCAAGAGAAACAAGACGCAGACACGAGCUCGGAGAUCUACUUAGAACAAGAAAGACAGAUCUUGUCAAGCUUCAGGGACUAUCUCAUUCAGCUCUCGACUCGUGGGAGCAUAAAUGGAACAAAUAUCAAAACCAACACAAAUCCGAGUAGACGGAAACAAGAAGAUGAAGAGCAAAGCCAUGGAGACUCGAGUUUGGGGUAA